AUGAACAAGAACAAGUUCCCUUUUUUUACUCCUUCACAAUGGCAAGAGCUUGAACAUCAAGCCCUUGUUUACAAGUACAUGGCUUCUGGUAUCUCUAUUCCUCCUGAUCUUCUUUUCACCAUUAGAAAAAGCUUUUUGGACUCUCCUCUCUCUUCAACACUUUUGCCUAACACCCAACAACAUCAUUUUGGAUGGAACUAUCUACAGAUGGGUUUGGGAAGAAAGAUAGAUCCUGAGCCAGGAAGAUGUAGAAGAAUAGAUGGAAAGAAAUGGAGACGCUCAAAAGAAGCAUAUCCAGAUUCUAAAUACUGUGAGAGACAUAUGCAUAGAGGAAAAAACCGUUCAAGAAAGCCUGUGGAACUUCUGAAAACAACAACAAAUAAUGCUUCAACACAACAUCAAGGUCAUCAGCAUCUUCUGGUAUUAGUUUGUCAUUUGAAGACAAUAAUGGUUCCUUGUUUCUUGACAGUAACUCUUGCUCUCAGAAUAAUGGAGAUUACAGUUUUCCAAUAUCCACCAAACCAUAAUGUGGUUGAAGUUACAAAAUCAGAUUAUGAGUCAUGCGAGCAAACAAAUCCAAUUCAAUCUUCCAAUGAUGGUGCCACAACCAUUCCUCUCACAUCACAAGGCAAAAGAUACUUCAUUUGUGGAACAAUAGGGCAUUGCAGCCAAGGAAUGAAAGUUGAAAUAAACACACUUGCCACUCAAAUCUCUCCUACCUCUCCAGCUAUAGCAUCUCCUCCAACAGCAGCAUCUCCUCCAAUAGAAGAUUCUCCAAUUGUUUCCAUCAUUCCCUCUGCAGCUCCACAAGAAACUACUACUCCUUCACCUGCAGAAUCUCCUGAAUCACCAAGUCCCUUGUUCCAAACACAAAUGGAAACUCCUACAUUAUCUCCGAUUAUUCCUUCCACUGAAUUGACAUAUGUGAAGCAAAACAAAAGUAUAAAAGCAUGA